GUUGAUUUUUGCUGUUUUAUUGUUGAAACAAAAGAAGAAUUAAAUAAAAAUAUGUACACUGACUACACGCAGCGGUGUCACUAAGCCAACAUCCGUAUUCUCCUUGAGUCAUGUUUGCACAGGUCUGUUUUGUCCCAAGAUGAGCUUCCCAGCAACGUCAAACCUUACGGGCUCAUGGCUCCACUCCACGCAGCCCCUGGGCAUCUGCCAAACCUCCCUUGUACACACAGAUAACAGGUUUUGUACAACAAGCACAAGCAAAAAUCUGAAUAAAGCGCAUUUAAGGGCAUUUGAAUGGGUAUCUCCAAAGCUCACACAUAUCAGCAGUGCUGUGGGUGACGAGGCACUGGCACAGGUCCUGCAGAGUUGUGGAUGCCCCAUGCCUGGAGGCGUUCAAGGCCAGAUUGGAUGAGGCUUGGAGCAAUCUGGUCUAGUGGAAGCUGCUCCUGACCAUGGCAGAGGCUUUGGAACUAGGUGACCUUUAGGGUUCCUUCCAAACCAAACCAUUCUAUGAUUCUGUGUUUAAUUUUUCUGAAAUUCUUAUCUGUAACGCUUUAUUAUUAUCAGAUCAAUACUAUUGCCACCCUUUCAGACUAUAUCAUGGCUCUAUUCAGUGUUUACCAAAAGGUGUGAAAAUCUUGCACUGACUAAAGAAUUGUUCUCUAAUAACAUAAUUCUGAUGAGAAUCCAAGGGUCAUAGGUCCUAAAUCUAACUCCAAACAAGAACUGGAUGGAAGUUCAACUGGAUCUGACCAAGGUCAAAAACCCCUUGUUCUCCUGCUCCUGGGGGAGCUUGGAAACACCCUACGUGCUCCGUGAGGAAGGAGAACCUCUGUCCUUGGCACUGCUGUGCCUGGUUCUGGGCCCCUCAGCUCAGGGAGGACAUUGAGGAGCCCAGAGAAGGGAAUGGAGCUGAGGAAGGGUCUGGAACACAAAUCUGAUGAGGAGAAGCUGAGGGAGCUGGGGGUGUUUAGCGUGGAGAAAAGGAAGCUCGGGGCGAUCGUACUGCUCGCCACACGCGCCUGAAAGGAGAGUGCAGCCAGGUGGGGAUCAGCCUCUUCUCCCACGACACCGACAAAAGGACAAGAGGACGUGGCCUCAAAUUGUGCCAGGGGAGGUUUAGGUACGACAUUAGGCGGAAUUCUUCCACAGAAACGGUGACCAGAUAUUGGAACAGGCUGCCCAGGGAGGUGGUGGUCACCGUCCCUGGACGCGGCUCUCAGUGUCAUGGUCUAGACACGGUGGUUUGGUCAAAGCUGCACUCUCUGACCCCAGAGGUCUUUUCCAACCUAAUUGUUCUGUGAUUCUGACAAGGAACGAGUAUACGGGGCCACUGAUGUGAAAGCAGACUAAAAUAAAACCGCAGCAGCGACGGCGAGGAGGCGCCCGCCUGACCUCCGCCCCUCCCCACAUCCCGCCGCCAGCUGUGGCCCAGAGGUUUCCCAACACCGCUCACAGCCGGCCCAACCCGCCGGGACCGGGGUUUAACGACUCCGGCGGGCGCAGAACGGCGGGCGCCUAUCAGUUUUCCAGAGAGCAGAACCAUCCAGGCACGGACCCAUCCCGUCUCCCGCCGAGCCUCCCCCGCUCGCGCCCGCUCCGCGCCUGCGCCGCGGGGCCGCUCCCGCCCCGUCCCGUCCCUCCCCUCCGCGCCCCGCGGCUCGUGUGACCGGAGCGGCGGGAGUCGGUCCGCGCCCGUCUGGGAGGCCCUGAGCCCGCACCGCCACCGCCACCGGCACCGCCGGCCGCGGACGCGGGGAGGGACGGACGGAGGGAGGGUGGGAGGAAGGGAGGCGAGGCGGCCUCCCGGGUGUCCGGCACCAUGAGCAUCGAGAUCCCGCCGGGCCUGACCGAGCUGCUGCAGGGCUACACGGUGGAGGUGCUGCGGCACCGGCCGUCCGACCUGCUGGGCUUCGCCGCCGAGUACUUCGCCCGCCUGCGGGAUGCCCGCGACCAGGAGGCGGGCGGUGGCCGCAGGGUGGUCAGCUUCGACGGGGAGCCCAUGCAGACCGAGUCCAACGGCGACGAGGAGCCCGACCGCGGCGACGACGAGUCCGACUCCGACUUCGAGCCUCCAGUUGUUAACCGAUACAACAGAAGAGUAUCAGUUUGUGCUGAAGCUUUCAAUCCAGAUGAAGAGGAAGAAGAUACAGAGCAAAGGGUAGUUCAUCCAAAAACCGAUGAACAGCGAUGCAGACUGCAGGAAGCAUGCAAAGAUAUCCUGCUCUUCAAAAACCUAGAUCAGGAGCAGCUGUCUCAGGUCCUUGAUGCCAUGUUUGAGAGGAAGGUGAAGCCUCAGGAACAUGUGAUUGACCAAGGUGAUGAUGGAGAUAACUUCUAUGUCGUUGAGCGAGGAUUGUAUGAUAUUGUUGUAGCAAAAGACAACCAGUCUCGCUGUGUGGGCCGCUACGACAACCACGGCAGUUUUGGGGAGCUGGCAUUGAUGUACAACACUCCUAGAGCUGCCACCAUUGUUGCCACAACAGAAGGAGCCCUUUGGGGACUGGAUCGAGUGACGUUCAGAAGAAUUAUACUGAAAAACAACGCAAAGAAGAGGAAGACGUAUGAAUUAUUUAUUGAGUCUGUGCCCCUUCUUAAAUCCUUGGAGGCAUCAGAGCGAAUGAAGAUUGUGGAUGUUAUAGGAGAGAAGGUGUAUCAAGAUGGGGAACGUAUAAUUUCUCAGGGUGACAAAGCAGACUGUUUUUACAUUGUAGAAUCCGGAGAAGUAAAAAUCUUGAUUAAAAGCAAGACCAUGACGAGUAAAGAAGCUAAUCAAGAAGUGGAGAUUGCCCGGUGUCACAGAGGGCAGUACUUUGGAGAGCUUGCACUUGUCACCAACAAACCCAGAGCAGCCUCUGCCUAUGCUGUUGGGGAGGUCAAAUGUUUAGUCAUGGAUGUGCAAGCAUUUGAGAGGUUGCUUGGACCCUGCAUGGACAUUAUGAAGAGGAAUAUAACACAUUACGAGGAGCAGCUGGUGGCAAUGUUUGGCUCUAGCAUGGACCUGAUGGAUCCAGGGAAUUAGGCACAGGGUACCUCAAUGCCUUCUUAGUUCAAGACACAGAAAAGCCUCCUAUCAGCAACACAACUCACAAGGACAACGGACACUACGGAACAGUUACUGCUGCUGUUUUCUUGGGCAUUUUAGAAACCAUAAACAAGUCUCAGCACAGAUGGAUUGCUCACUCCUCCCUGCCUCCACUUUGCUGCUGAUACUUCAUUAUUAGACCUAGAUUAAAGAUGAUUCUAACCCUAUGUUCACUUACUUGGUUCAGAAUGGCGUCUGUCCAGCAGUUCAAGUGCCUGAUAUGAAACCCAAAGUGUGCAAGACAUUGAAGCCUCCUUCCUUCUGGGUGUCACUGUUGGGGUAAAUUGUCCCAUCAGAUUCUGUAGUGGGAGGUUGCCUGUUCUGCAGAGGCAGCCUGUGGAAUACAAGCCUUUUAUGGGCUGAUUACUUUCAUCUGAUGCUUUCCUUACACGAUGUCAAAUUUGCUUUUAAUUGUAGCAUCUGGGUUUGAAGUUAAAGUAUCAAUGGAGCCAGUGAAUAAGAUGGCACUGAAGUUUUGGUUCACCUGCUGAAAGCAGCAGGUAAAAAAUAUAGAGAACUCUUUAAACCAAGUAAACUGAGCUGGGGACAUGGGAGAGUCUGCUUAGCAACCAGAUGCAGAAAACAUAUUUUAAGUGUUUUCUGAGCAGCAAAGAAAAUUGGUUUACUCUAUGCUGUCCAACAAAGUGCAGUGGUUCAGAUCAAAUGGCCUGAAAGUGUCAUAAUUGUCAUCUCCCCAAAUUUGCUCCUCGUUCCUGACACUGAGUACAUUUUAUGGUGGUGAGAUAACAAUAUAUGACCUUCUCUUACUUACAAAGAUCCUUUAUACUGCUACAUUUCCCAGGGUGCAGUUGUUGACUGGGUCAGUUUUAAAGCUUUUUAAGGAGGUGAAUGUUUUGUAAUUUAAAUGAAGACUACUUCUGUACUUGUUUACAGGAGCUUCCCCUAGUCCUAACAUUUCACAGUAUUUUAACUUCAUUAGACACUUGAAUGCUUCCAAAUACCACAUUGAUUUGCUAAACUUUUCAAAAGUUGGCAACAUUUGACUUUGUAAAGCAAAUGUCUUUGCUAACUGCGCAGUUGGUGUGUUUGAGGAGUCUUUUGGUUUAGGUGAUAACUAAGCUAAUGAUGUUUAUAUAAAAUACCUGUUAAAUUUGCAGCAUUUAUUAGGUAGAUUCUGUUUCUAUAGCUUUAAGGACCUUAAUUGGCAUAUGGCUGAGAUUUUAUCAGGGUAUUAUCUAAAUAAGAAUCAGACCAUGAGAAGGACAUUUUUAUGGUGUUCAAACUGACUAUAUAUAUUAAGACAUUGAAUUUGGAGGUAAUAAAUCUAGUGACCCUUUGAGUUUGCAUUCUUCCACAGCUCAUGCAAAACAUAUUGGUGUUUUAUGGGGUUAUAAAAUUUUAAUAGUGAAUACUAGUGUAACAGAACUUGCUCUUUUUAUUCAUGGCCAUGUAAGCAAGAAUGGAAGGAUGCUAAUCUUGAAUUCCUGCUUUUAGUUAUCACAGUGGACAUUUCUCUAAGGCAUGAGAUGCUUAGCAGCAACUCUAAGUUGAUUUCUGGACAGUUUUUUCCCCAUAGUGGAUGAGCUCCUCCCAUUUCCUGCAAUAUGAGUAAGAUGGAAAGUUGAUAAAUUUGAAUGACUGUUGUCCAGUUACUGUAAUUGCAGUCAUAUUUUUAUAUAAUGCAAAUGAUUUGUAAUGGACACCACUGAACUUGGUGUUUCCAUAUUAUUAAAGUUCUGGUCGUGAUGUCUAAUGGCUGUUCUAACUGCAUGUAUUUUAGAACAGUGAAUUUCACUGCUUUCCUGGGCUGUCUCUUUGUCAUAAAUGACAGCCAAAGAAGCAGCAGGUAUUUUUCACUCAUGCUUCCAAGGUUUAACACCAAAGAGAAGAAUAAUUGUUUUCAUCACAGAAUUUAAAUACCAAACAAAACCCAAAUCUUCUUGUUGGUUUCAACAAGAAAAAAAAAAAGAAAAAAACCCACUCAUCAGCUCCUUGCAGUGAUAGCAGGUAUAACUUUAAGAUACUUUGGGCUCCAUGACAGAGAGAAUUUCUGAAGCCAGCUCAUGACUGUCCUGUGAACCAAACAGGAACUGGUCUCUGAACCAGCCUGAAUUUCUGUGCUGCCUAAACUGUCAUGUGAGCUAAAGAGAAACUUGCUGUGAAUAAUCACCAGCUGGCCUUUGUUGCUCCCAGGCAGAAUAUCCUCUCCUUUAUCCAGAGAAGCCUGGCAGGUUGAGCUGCCUUACAGAUGGAUUCUGUAAUGCCUUUUGUUCUGUGCAGGACAGGACUGUAACCUCAGCACAGGCAAACACAGGCAGUUGUUCCAAAGCUUAACUGAAACCCAGGCAAGGCUGAUGUCAGAUUCUUGAGAUAUUUCUGCCUCGAAGGCAGAAUUUGAUGGUUUCUAAAAGUCAAAGGAAAAGAAUAUAAAAUCAAAAUACUGCGAUCCCACGUGAACAAGAACAAGCUUUUGAAGUUUUACCUUUCUCUGGGCUCCCUGGACCAAUGGCAUACUGGGCAAUGCCAUCCUGCAUCCAGGGUCUGUGCAGCAUCAUUCUGUGGUGCAGAGGCAGCUGGCUUUGAGCUGAAAGAGAAUGAGCUGCUAAGAAGGCUCAUCCAUUUAAGAACUAUAAUGUGUGCCAUGUGCCUGAUUAGUUUGGUCUAGUUUAACCAACCUGUUUGUACAGUUUUGGAGCAUGAAGGUAGUGGAAAGAAAGCUGCUUUAGUAAGAUACUCAAUAUUGCCAGGAGUCUGGUUAGAGCACCAGCAGUGAGCAAAAGUGGGUGAUGUGCAAGUGCUGAUACUGAGUCCAGGGAGCAAGUACAGCACCUGUUUGUGACCAUCUGCCCCAUCCCUGUAUCUCAGCUCCUUCCUUUGCACUCUGCUCAUUGCAGCUGUUGCCAUGGAGUAAGCCCAGGUGUUUUGUUACUGCUCAGUGUUCAGUAAAUCUGCCACUGACUCUCUGAAAUUGGCACUGAAGAGAGAUUUAGGUUUUGAUAAAAGAAUGCAGCAGCAAAGUGGGCACAGAGGAUCAUGUUUUCGAGGCUUAGAGGGAGACAUCUCCCAUUUGUGAUUCCCUGCUUGUGAUUGUUGUGAAGUCAGUGAGAGGAGCUUUCAGUGGUUAAAUAUCCUGGCACUUGGUAUUUCUGUCUAAUGUCACAGCACAGGUUCGACAAUGUAAAACAAAAAAGUGUGGAAGUGCUUCCUUCUUAGAAACAAAAGUGCAAAACUUAAAAUAAAACUUUGAAAACAAAGUGCAAUUUUGCACAGAGGGCAAAAAAACCCUGAAACCCCUUUGAAUGUCACUUCCAUUCUUUCUUUCUUUUGCUGAAAGCAGACUCUUGUUCUUGACUUGUAUUUGUAAACUAGUCUUGCCAAAAUACACGUUGGGUUUUUUCACUUCAGAUAAUUUUUGUUGUUACAGUCGUUGCUGAUCAUUUUAACUUUUUUCAAACCAUAAAUUUUAUUUCAAGAGGCCUUCCCUGUGGAUUUCCUCCUGGCGCUCUGCAGCACUACACUGCUCUUUCAAGAGGCAAGAGAAGGUCACCUCACAGGAGACACUCAACACAGCUUAGCUGGCUGGAGCUAAUAAUGCGCUACUAAUUUUCCUCUGUGGGGCAGGAGGGGAAUUAAAUUCUGCAUAAAGUUGCUACCUCAAGGCUCCAAGUGCUUUUAAAGGUCUUUCACUUGGGAGAAUUUAAUAAGACAGUUCUUAAAAUUGGUCUGUUCUUUUGAGUUAAAUGGGUUUUUUUUAAUUGAUUCAUUGAGGGACCCUUAUUUUAAUUCAUUUUACUACUUGAUUCUCAAAGGAUGAACAGCUGCAAAGUUUGGUUCUUGCACUGUAGUGUUGAACAUGAAAGAAAAAAAAUCUGCCAUAUAAACAUAUGGUUUUAACAAGUUAAACCACUCUGGGGUUCAGCUUCACUUUUGGUUAAUAAAAAACUGACCUGUUGUGUCCAGCCUUCCUUACA